AUGGCUCAGUUUUACCAUUGGUGGCCCGGCCAACUUGGAGGCACUGUCAGAAAGGCUUGUCUGCUCAGAGAGCAAUUAUCGGACCUAGAACAGAGCCUUGAGGAACACCUGCAGAAAUUUGCUUGGCAGAAGAAAGCUGCCCAGAUACACAUACUUGUUGGGAGCGGUUUUGUAGAUUUGUCCCAGACUGGUUCCGGAAAGCUUACAAAUGCUGAGGUAAGAAAGAAAAGAAAUGGCAUGUUUGAAGAAGAGAAGUCUCGACAGAUGAAAUUCAAAAUAAACGAGUUUCUGAUGAAACGUUCCAUAGUUGCUUUAGUGGAUGGUGAACCAUGGGACAUGCACCGCCCGUUAGUUAACGAUUGUGAGUUGGAGUUGAAACACAUGCUUGACGAGGAUCCUUCUCUCCCAAAUCAGGUAUUUUGGAGAACGGGAUCAUUUGUAUUAGGAUACAUUAUAGACACGGCAUUCAAAGAUGACAUUUAUGUAGAGCUUUGUGAUUACCCAAGAACAAAAGUUGAACAUGGCUGUUUCAUGUAUGAUGUAGAUUUGAAGAUACCAGAUUGGAACCCAUCAAAGAUGGAGCUAAACUGCUUAAGUAGGGUAGGAGGAAGUUUAUGGACAAAAGGUCUGGACUUUGAACCUUUAGAUGUUAAUGGUGAUUUAGCGUUAAAAAUGUUUGAGGACAAUAGACACAAGACGAAAUUAUUGAAACAGCUGUUACAGUAUUCUGCCAAGGAUUCCAUAAGCUUGUAUCGUAUUGGUGAUUACGUGGAUUUCAGCAAGGGACCGCUGAUAAAUAAUACUGCACAGAUACAUAGAUUCUGCGUUACAGCUGUUCACCAAGUAGAGAGUGACAUGUACGGCAAGGUUUACAGAUUCCAGGCUCUAGCAUUACCUAUAGAUCUAAAGAUGCAUUGGUGGGCUUGGGAGUUUCUGUGUCGCAGAGCAGCAAAACUUAACAAGACUCCAAUCCAAUACAUCCAUAAAGGUACCACAGAAGAGGACAUGAAAGGUGUAUCCGAACUUGUAGACAAUUUACAGAAGUCAGAAAAAGCUUAUUCAUGAUAAGUGUUUGAGUUGUGAAUUUAUGGAUAUCUUGCAGUAGCACCAUGUCUGGAAUGGAGAUAUUAUGCUCAUUUGUAACAUCAAGUAUACAAUAUUUGCUGACAAGGAGGAAAGUUUGAAUAUAUUAAUAAAUAGACUUCAGUGGUGCAGUGAAAGACUAGUUUCACACAAUUGACUAAUUGAUGACGAUAGAGGUACUGACAUUACCAUAAAAUAGUGUUUCCCUUGUUAUUGCUAAAACUGAUGGCUGAAUUUAAAGUCUGGAAUAAUUGCUAGUCUAAGAAUAUUUAUGUUAAUGCUUAGAAUUUGUAUUUUUACAACAAGGAAAUAUGACAAAUGUUCAUUUGUAUAAAGCAACUAAAUACCAAUAUUUGAUAAAAGAAAAUUAUAGGA